CUGAAAGGCAUGAUGGACGAGUUCACGGUUACCCAGAGCCAGGAAUCUCCUCCUCUGUCUUGACUCUUUUCUCCUUCAAUUCUUCCGGCGUCUCACUCUUACCCGCGCGAUUCCCAUUGGAGUGUCGCCCCGCCCCAAUUCACUUCAAUUUCAUCAAACAUUCAAACGAAACACAAAAGGAAUUAAUUAAUUAAUUAAUUAAUUUGUCGAUCAUCGUAAAUGGCUUCGUCGGAGAUUGCCCAAACGGACGUGGAGGGGAUCGACGGAAUUCGCAUGACGUGGAACGCCUGGCCGCGCACCAAGGUGGAGGCUAGCAAGUGCGUGAUCCCAAUCGCGGCUUCGAUCCACCUGAUCCGACCCAACCCGGACCUCCUCACGCUCCAGUACGCGCCGCUCAGCUGCAAGACGUGCGCCGCCGUGUUCAACCCUUACGCCCGGGUGGACUUCCAGGCGCUCAUUUGGAUCUGUCCUUUCUGCUUCCAGCGCAACAACUUCCCCCACCACUACUCCACCAUUUCCGAGACCAACGCCCCCGCCGAGCUCUACCCCCAAUUCAGCACCAUUCAGUACCUUCUCCCUCAAAACCCUAGCGCCAAUUCCCCUGUCGCCUCCCAGCCCGUUUUCCUGUUCGUGCUUGAUACGUGCAUGCUGGAGGAGGAGUUAGGUUUCGCGAAAUCCGCAUUGAAACGCGCGAUUGGAUUGCUGCCUGAUAAUGCCAUGGUGGGGUUUAUAUCGUACGGGACUCAGGUGCAGGUGCACGAGCUCGGCUUUUCGGAUAUGGCUAAGGUUUACCUAUUCCAGGGAUCAAAGGAACUGUCUAAAGAUCAGGUUUUGGAGCAGCUGGCGCUUGGUAGCACUGGCGGGAGGCGAACUGCUGCUGGUGGGCCCAUUGGGGUCCCCUCUCCUGGCAUAACAAGAUUCUUGCUGCCUGCCUCAGAAUGUGAAUACACUCUGGACUCGUUGUUAGAUGAGUUGGUUACAGAUAUGUGGCCAGUGCCUCCAGGAAAUCGGGCACUACGGUGUACUGGUGCAGCUUUGAGUGUGGCUUCGGGCUUGCUCAGUGCUUGUUUGGCUGGUGCUGGUGCUCGAAUUGUUGCCUUAGUGGGAGGUCCAUGCACAGAAGGGCCAGGAGCGAUUGUAUCAAAAGAUUUAUCAGAUCCAGUUCGGUCUCACAAGGAUAUAGAUAAGGAUGCAGCACCGUAUUACAAAAAGGCACUCCAUUUCUACCAGGAACUUACAAAGCAGCUGGUCAGUCAGGGUCAUGUGUUGGACAUUUUUGCAUCAGCACUUGAUCAGGUUGGGGUUGCUGAGAUGAAAGUAGCUAUUGAAAAAACUGGAGGACUGGUAGUUCUAGCAGAAAGUUUUGGUCAUCCUGUUUUCAAGGAUUCAUUUAAGCGUGUAUUUGACAAUGGUGUACAGUCUCUUGGUCUCUCGUUUAAUGGUAGACUUGAGAUCAACUGCUCAAAGGAUAUUAAAGUCCAAGGGAUCAUUGGGCCAUGCACAACUUUAGAAAAGAAAGGACCUGCUGUUGCCAACACGGUUAUUGGGGAGGGGAAUACAAUAGCUUGGAAGAUAUGUGGUCUCGACAAAACUACUUGCUUCACUGUUUUCUUUGAUAUCUCAUCAAGUGAAAAACCAGACCCUUCUGGUGGUACAAAUUCGCAAUUGUACAUACAAUUUCUUACAAGUUAUCAGAGCUCUGAUGGCCAAACAAAACUACGAGUUACAACCAUAAGUAGAAGAUGGGUUGAUACUACAGUGAACUCCGAGGAAUUGGUACAAGGUUUUGAUCAAGAAACUGCUGCUGUGGUUAUGGCUAGAUUGGCUUCCUACAAAAUGGAGAUGGAGGAAGGUUUUGAUGCAACAAGGUGGCUAGACCGGAAUCUGAUUCGUCUGUGUUCUAAAUUUGGUGACUAUCGCAAGGAUGACCCUACAUCAUUCACAUUAAAUCCUUGUUUCUCCUUGUUCCCUCAGUUCAUGUUUCAUUUGCGGAGAUCUCAAUUUUUGCAAGUUUUCAAUAACAGUCCUGACGAGACAGCUUAUUUCCGCAUGUUGCUGAAUCGAGAGAACAUAAGCAAUGCUGCUGUCAUGAUUCAACCAACGCUAACAUCAUUUUCAUUUAAUUCACCGCCUUUUCCAGCUUUGUUGGAUGUGGCCUCAAUUGCAGCUGAUCGCAUCCUCUUGUUGGAUUCUUAUUUCAGUACAGUUAUAUUCCAUGGAAUGACAAUAGCUCAAUGGAGAAAUAUGGGCUACCACAAGCAACCAGAACACGAGGCAUUUGCACAAUUACUGCAAGCUCCACAUGAUGAGGCCCAGUCACUAAUUCAAGAGCGGUUUCCUAUUCCGAGAUUAGUGGUGUGUGAUCAGCAUGGCUCCCAGGCAAGGUUUUUGUUGGCAAAGCUGAAUCCAUCGGCCACAUACAACAGUGCACAUGAUAUGUCAGCCGGAACAGAUGUCAUCUUUACUGAUGAUGUGAGUCUUCAAGUAUUCUUCGAACAUCUUCAGCGGCUAGCAGUUCAAUCUUCGUAAGCAGAGAUAAAGAGAUCGAUCUUGCACCGUCAUCAUGUCAGUUUGUUUUGUAAAAUCCUAGUGAGUUCUCAUCAUCUCCCCUACAAGCCAGCUUUUUAUUCUCUACAGAACUCACUCUCAGCCAUUCAUAUGAUAAAACUCAUAAAAGAGGUCAGAUCCAAAAUUAUAUAGACUAUAGGACAUCAUUAACAUUCUUCAGAGGUUUAGGAACAUAUACUCGCUUCCUUUGAAAAAUAAGGAGCAGAGGUGAUAUAGUUGAUUCGAGUUUUUGGAAAGAAGAGCGGGGUUCACCCAAAGAACGUUGAAAUGAGAAGAUAGCGUUUUUUUUGUCCUUUUCUUUUUGUUUCUAUUUUGGUAGCAGUGAAGUGAUUACUUAGUAUCAAUUUUGUAUUGAAUUUGAUUAUUUGAAUAUAUUUUAGCUCAGUGGCAAAAGGGCUUGCAGGUCAGGAUAUCUUGGAUCGGUUGUUUAAAUUUUUUGCAUCUUUUGUAUAUUAUUUAUAAAGGAACAUCUAUACAGGCA